AUGAGGCGCCCGCCGCCGGCGCUGCUGGUGCCGCUGCUGCUGGUGCUGCUGCCGCUGCUGCGCGGACCGGGCGCGGCGGCGGCGGCGGGCGAGCGGGCGCACUACGGCGGCGACGGCGAGCACCUGCCCGACUACGACCGGGAGGCGCUGCUGGGAGGCCAGGAAGAGGUGGAAGAGUUCGCAAAGCUGAAUGCAGAAGAGCAGCAGAAGAGGUUGAAAGGUAUUAUAAAGAAAAUUGAUGUGGACGCUGAUGGAUUCCUCACUGAAGCUGAGCUAAGUUCAUGGAUCCAACAAUCGUUUAAGCAUUACGUUGUGGAAGAUGCUAAGCAGCAGUUUGCCGAAUAUGACAAAGAUGGCAAUGGAUAUGUAUCCUGGGAGGAAUACAACAUUCAGAUGUAUGAUCGUGUGAUAGACUUUGAAGUCGAUGCCACUUUGGAAGACACCGAAGAAGAAUCUUUCCGGCAGCUCCACUUAAAGGACAAGAAAAGGUUUGAACGGGCGGAUGAGGAUGGAAUUUCUGGCCUGAAUCUGGAUGAAUUCAUAGCAUUUGAACACCCCGAGGAAGCUGAAUACAUGAAGGAGUUCGUGAUUCAGGAGGCGUUGGAAGAACAUGAUAAAAACGGAGAUGGAUUUGUGAGCCUCGAGGAGUUCCUGGGUGACUACAGAAGAGAUCCAACUGCCAGUGAAGAGCCAGAAUGGAUAAUCGUAGAGAAGGAUCGGUUUAAAAACGAUUAUGACAAGGAUAAAGAUGGAAGACUCAACCCUCAAGAGCUACUAAGCUGGGUAGUUCCCAACAAUGAGGGUAUUGCACAGGAGGAGGCUGCCCACCUGAUCGAGGAAAUGGACCUGGAUGGUAACAAAAAACUCACGGAAGCUGAGAUUCUUCAGAAUCAGGAUCUCUUUCUCAACAGUGAAGCCACCGAUUAUGGCCGGCAGCUCCAUGAUGCAAGCUUCUACCAUGAAGAACUCUAGUUUCCGAGAGACUUCAUUUUGCUCCUUUUAUCCCAGUGUUCAAUCUUGAGUGUUUUGCAGCUUUGAAUGCAAUGAUACAAAUGGUAUAUGUGACGUUCAUAUAUUGUUGUACGCAACGGUUUCUUCUCUUUGUUCAUUGCCCUCACUGUUUUAGCUGCCAGGUUUUUGGUAUUACAAACCCGUACCACAAGAAUGGGAAUUUUUAAUCUUCCUAUUUUAGUACUGUUUUUUUGAAAUAUACUUGAAAUGGCAAAGAUUUGACAACACUAAAUAAUUUCCACUGGUUCAUGUUAGAUUUUUUAAAAUGCAAAAGCGGAGAAAGUGUCUGGUUUUAUGUUGAUAAUAAUUCUUCUGUAUGAUUAUUCAGGAGAAAUAAAACCUUACUUGUAAGGGUUCUGCAUAUAAACUUCAGUAGUAGAGGGUGUUUAUAUGAUCUGGAAAUAUUUUUGCAUCUAGAUAGCAUUUAUUUUUAUUGUAAAGAUUUAGCUUUAGAAAGUGUAUUGUAUUUAAGUUAAAACAGUAUUCCAAACACUUGGAUUAAAACACUCAAAUUGCCCUA